CCACAUGGAACCACCACAUAUACCAUUUCUCUAGUGUUCCCAUCUUGCUUUAAGACAAUCAGCUUGAAAAGCGGGUGAUUUUCAUCUCCUGGAAGACCAUAGCUUUUUCUCUUCUUUUUUUCUAACUCGUAAUCCAUGGAUACAGCUCAGUGGCCACAGGGAAUUGGAGUGGUUAAACCACCCAUGGAGGGUAAUAAUUCAAGGCCUAUGAGGGCAAGGCCACAAAAAGAUCAAGCUUUGAACUGUCCAAGGUGCAAUUCGACAAAUACAAAGUUUUGUUACUACAAUAACUACAGUCUCUCUCAGCCAAGAUACUUCUGCAAGACUUGUAGAAGGUAUUGGACUGAAGGUGGUUCUUUAAGAAAUGUUCCUGUUGGAGGAGGUUCAAGGAAGAACAAGAGAUCAACUUCAUCAUCAUCACCAUCAAAGAAGCUCCCUGAUCAUCUUACCCCAACAACUACUUUCCCUCACUCUGCUUCUCAAAACCCGAAGAUCCCUCAAGGCCAAGAUCUUAACCUAGCUUACCCACCAAGUUUCCCUCACUCUGCUUCUCAAAACCCUAGCCCAUCCUCCACGUCAUCUCAUCAACUCUCAGCCAUGGAGCUGCUCAAGAGUAGUACUACUACUCAUGGGAUCACUUCAAGAGGGUUUAGUUCUUUCAUGCCGAUGCCAGUAUCCGAUUCCAGCUCAAUAUAUUCAUCUGGGUUUCCUAUGCAAGAAUUCAAGCCAACGCUCAAUUUUUCUCUCGAGGGUUUUGAAGGCGGGUAUGGGAGUUCUCUUCAGGGAGUGCAAGAGAGUGGUGCAAGGCUCUUGUUUCCUAUUGAUGAUUUGAAACAGGUUCCAUCCACGAGCGAGUUUGAGCAGAAUAGAGGGCAGGGAGAUUCUGCUGGCUAUUGGAAUGGGAUGUUAGGAGGAGGAUCAUGGUAGUAAAUAAAGCUCGAAAAGAGAGAAAUUAAUGGAUGGUUGCUUUAAUUUGUUUAAUUUCCUUCUUUUUUGGUGGGUGACUUGUUUUGAGGUAAUCAAAACUAACAAAUAGGGUACAUGGGUUUCUUUUCUUUCUUUUCCUGAUCUGUACUACUUCUUUGCCUUUUGUCUUUCAUGGCACUAUGAUCAAUGUGGAUGUUUGAAGCUUUAUUUUAGGUUGGCUUCAAAAGGGUGUGUCAAAACUACUGUCACGGGAAGCUGUGUAAAGGAUAUAUAUAGAACAAGAGGACUAGAAAAAACGAUAUAUAUCUCUUUUAGGGCUUCAUUCAGAAGAGAAAACCUUGAUGAUGAUCAUCUUGUUCCAAUGAUUCUUCUACCACAGCGAAGGGUGCAGUGUAUCAUGUUCUUGAUGAUGAUCUAGCUUGCUACAAAUUAAUAAUGGUCCAUGAUGUUUUAGGUGGCAAGAGCUAGUACGUAAUUUAUAUAUAUAUAUUGAACAAAUGACUUAUAUAUCGACUUUUGUUUAUUUUUAGUUA